AUGUGGUUAGUUGCGAAAAACAGUUCCCUGCUGUCGCCUGAUCUGACGCUGAUCAUUUUGCAUAUUUCCUUAAGAAAUUUAAGGGUGUUGGGGUCCAUCGGGCCAAGAACCUCGAUGCAUAUUGGCAAGAAUUCCAUCGAGGGGAGGGCGUUUCCAUAUUUUUUCAUUUUCUCGUCCGCUGCCCUGGCCGCGGCCAAACCGCAUUCUUUACUUGUCAGGUUUACGCAUCGUUCGGCGAGGGUGCCAGGGACCGUAACAUCCCACGCCAAACAUCUGCCGGCUCUCCAAGGUAUUAGUGUGCAUCCGUCCGGGCGCCUACCAUCAUGCGCAGAAAUGCCGGAUGGUUCCUUGAGAACCGGGAUUGAAGCCUUGGAGAAGAGCCGACAAAUGGCGGUGCGCAGGGCUCCGUCAAAUUCGCCCAAUUUAGAAGGAUCAAUGUGUUUAGAUGUACGCAGGAAGUACAUCAAUUUGGGCAAACUGAGGGCAUUGCGGAUAAUAGUCAAAGCAUCAUGGGCCGAAAGACAGGAAACACGACCCAGGGCGAAUUUAAGCUCAGAGAGCUUUUGGAAUAUGGGAGACGAUUCCACAAGAAAUUAA